UAGAUAUUCAUAUUGUAAUAUGUAGUUUGGUGAUCUAUUAUUUUUUUAUUUGUUCUUCUCUUUCUCUGCAGGUUCCUUAAUCCCUGUCCCUUUAAAAAAAACAGCACCUCAUUACAUCAAAAAAGGCACUUUUAAGAGCCACAUUUGUUUUGUUUAUUGUCUUAUUUGUAUUGUUUAUUGUCUUGUUAUCUCAGUCUCUCUCUCUCUCUCUCUCACACACUCUCUCUCCAUCCCUCUCUCCCUCUCUCUCUCUCUCUCUCUCUCUCUCUUUCUCUCACUCUCUUUCCAUCCCUCUCUCCCUCUCUCUCUCCCCUACCAUCUGAGUGGUGGUUGCUUUUUAGAGGGACGGAGGACCUGGGUUGCUGCCUCUUCUUCACUCAUUGUAAUUAACUGAAAGUGUAAAGAAUGACAAAGCCAAAAUUCAGGCCUUGCCCAAGCUGCCAAGUCCGUCAGCAGGCCAACCGCAAAACAUGCAGUGCUUGUUUUGCCACACUGCCAAGCAAGCGGUUAUUAAAAACUGCAAAAAUUAAUGAUGACUGGGGCCAGAGGGUCGUCAAAAACAAAAAUGCAUCUCGGGUGGUGGCCUCUGCCCAAAUAGCUGUCCAAAAACUUUCUGCCUUGGGCUAUAUGCCCAUAUUAUUUAUCAGCCAGAGGCACAAGGGCACAGGCAAGUUGAUGGCAGAUGUAGUCACGCAUCUGCCACCGACGCAAAACAACACACGUUUCUUAACCAGCAUGAAGAGGGCAUAUGACUUCAUAAUCAAACUGGAUGAUGUGCCCCAGCCCCAGCCCCAGCAAGACCAGCCCCUCCACCUAGACCAACCCCUACCCCAAGACCAGCCCCUGCCCCUAGACCAGCUAAUCCCACAAGACCAGCCCCCAGACCAGCCUCUGCCCCUAGACCAGCCCCAGAAAGACCAGCUCCUGCCCCUAGACCAGCUAAUCCCACAAAACCAGCCCGUAGACCAGCCCCAACCAGCCCCAGAAAGACCAGCCCCUAGACCAGCCCCAGCAAGACCAGCCCCUGCCCCUAGACCAGCUAAUCCCACAAGAUCAGCCCCUAGACCAGCCCCAGAAAGACCAGCCCCUGUCCCUAGACCAGCUAAUCCCACAAGACCAGCCCCAGCAAGACCAGCCCCUGCCCCUAGACCAGCUAAUCCCACAAGACCAGCCUACCCCAACAGACCAGCAAAUUAUUAA